AUGAGUUGGGAGGGGGGGCGGCGAAGUGGGUUGUUGGGAUCAACGGUAAAAAGGAUGAUGUUCGUUCAUGCAAGACUUAUGAAAUUUGAUAGAGUUCUUCUCAUCGACCGGUAUCGUCUGACGUCACGAAAAAUACGACACGAAAAAGAGGUGCAACACGAGGACUUCCCAGGAGCACGCUUAACUCGCGAAGUUCCGAUGGGAUCCAGUGCAUUAGUGCUCGGUAUGAUCGCACCCUGCCAAGUGUUGCGCGAUCAAUGGUUAUAUGGAUUCGACAAAGACACCCGACUAACUUGUGAUGCGUGA